AGUUAAAAAAAAAUGGAUUAUAAAAAAUCAAUUCACACGUGAAUUUGAGUGGGACCUCUAACAUCUUACCUCCUCAGUCCUCACUGGCCAUUCCUAAAAGAGAUCUCCAAUAAAAUCUCCAGCGAGUCAAUGACGACCACCAGAACUACCACCAUCCUCUCCGCCUUUUCCCAUCUCACUUCCCGCCACCACCACCAGGUCCACCGCCGCAUAUCAUCAUCGUCAUCCAACAGAAAAAUGAAUUCCCCUCUGAAUCGUCAAAUCUCAGAUUCAAUAUCUGGAAAUGACAAUUUUAACCUCAAACUUGUUUCCUCUUCCGCUUCUUCUUCACAAGUCGGCGAAGCUACUGAUUCAUUACGCACCGUUUUCGAAAAACUGCGUCGUCCGUACAACCCAUAUCCACUUGUCGGUUGGAAUCGUCAUAUCGAAACGAUUUUCGCUGCAUUUUUUCGAUCUCUUCCCGGUAUUAGAUUUCGACGAGAGUGUUUAAGAACAGCUGAUGAUGGUGUUGUUUCUCUUGAUUGGGUUUGCGGAGAUGAUACUGAGAUUCCUAUCGAUGCUCCCGUUCUCAUUCUACUGCCAGGUCUAACUGGAGGUAGCGGUGAUACUUACGUGCAACAUAUGCUUGCUCGAGCUAGAAGACUUCGGUGGCGUGUCGUGGUGUUCAAUAGCCGUGGUUGUGGAGGUAGUCCGGUUGUAACGCCUCAGUUUUAUUCAGCUUCGUUUACCGGAGAUACACGUGAAGUGGUUAAACAUGUUUACACUAGAUACCCGAAUUCAAAUUUAUAUGCUGUUGGUUGGUCUCUUGGAGCAAACAUUCUUGUGCGAUAUUUGGGUGAGGAAGCCGAAAACUGCCUUCUCUCUGGAGGAGUAUCCUUGUGUAAUCCUUUCAACCUGAUCAUUGCUGAUGAAGAUUUCCGUAAAGGCUUUAAUAACAUAUAUGACAAAGCUCUUGCGAGAUCUCUCACCAAAAUAUUUAAGAAGCAUGCUCUACUUUUUGAAGAUAUUGGAGGCGAAUAUGAUAUAAAGCUGGCUGCUAAUGCCAAGACUGUCAAGGAAUUUGAUGAAGGAUUAACACGAGUUUCCUUUGGUUUCAACUCAGCAGAACAUUACUACUCCAGCUCAAGCAGUUCAGACUCGAUAAAAUAUGUCCGGAGACCUUUGUUGUGUAUCCAGGCAGAGAACGAUCCUAUUGCACCAUCUCGUGGAAUCCCGUAUGAAGAUAUCAAGGAAAACCCAAACUGUUUGUUGAUAGUAACACCAAAAGGCGGGCAUCUAGGAUGGGUAGCAGGAGAUGAAGCACCAUUUGGAGCUCCAUGGACGGAUCCUAUCGUCAUGGAAUUCUUACAACAUAUUGAAGACCCUGCCCCUGCCUCAUGGAACUCUUGUGUUACAUCGGAUGACGCAGAUCACUCCGGGAAUGGUCUCCAUAAGAUAGGUGUAUAGACCGAUGUACAUUUGUACAUUAUUCAUUAAGCUUACAUAAUUCUUUUGUAUAACGUCACUAGAAUGUGACCCGUGCCGGCACAGUCUAUAUGAGUCUUAGCUACAUUGCGUAAGACUAAGCUAUAAACAUCAUAUAUAAGGUACCAUUCACCAAUAUUUAUCUGAUUCAAUAUUAAUUUUUAUCAUGCAAUUCCUA